AUGUGUACGGUGUUAUGCGAUUGUGAAAACACUUUGAAUUCUCGCCCUUUGACGUACCUCUCCGACGAAACGAAUGACUUAAAACCACUGACACCAGCUAUGUUUUUACGCGAUGUAAAAGAGUCAGAAACACCCGAUCUUGAUAUAAUUAAUCAAGUUGAUCUCAAGUCUAGGUACAAGUAUAAGCAAGAAUUAAUGGGACACUUAAGACGUCGUUUUCGCAAGGAAUAUCUAAGCCAACUUGUAAUGAAAACUCGCACUAAAGAAUCACGUGAACUUAAGAAGGGUGAUGUCGUUCUCGUAGGCGAUGACAACCGUAAGCGGCUAGAUUGGCCUUUGGCCCGUAUUGAAGAGCUGAUCGAAGGUAGGGACAACAAAUGUCGGGUAGCUGUUGUGAAAAUGAGCACAGGAAAAUUCAAGCGACCGGUGCAACGCAUGUACCCGCUUGAAAUUUCUGAGUAUAUGGACGACAGUAAUGAUCUUCGAGAAAAGGCGAAAACGAAGGUCAAAUGUGAAGCUGUCAAAGAGAAAUCGGUUUGUAGUGAGAUGAAUGAAAAUUGCGCUGGUACGGAGAAUAGAACACGAAGCGGGCGUAUCGUGAAAAAACCAGACCGGUAUCAAUCUUGA